AUGAGCGCGCAGGCAUCACAGGGCAACCCGCGGGAGCGGGGCAAUGCUCUGUUCGUGAAGGGCAAUUUUAUCGCUGCCGCUGCUGCCUACUCCGAGGGACUGCAAUCCAAUAGUAGUUUAAAAACUGCAAGCAACCUGAACUGCACGGUUGCUGAGGAGCGUGCUAUCCUGCUGUGCAAUCGAGCCGCAUGCCAUCUGGAGCUCGGCAAUGCAGCAGCCGCGGAGGCAGACUGCCGUGACUGCCUACAGUUGCAGCCAUGCAAUGUCAAAGCACACUACCGAUUGGCCCGGUCCCUGCCGGCCGAUCACCCCGACGCGGCUGCCGCCAUCGCCAUCGCCAUCGCGCUGUGCGAACCAGGUGGUCGCGCUGACGCGAUGAUGGCGACCUACAACACCAUUCAGCGUGCAGCGGAUAAUGCUGCUGCUGCGGCUGCAGCAGCAGUCUCUGCUGCUGCCGCCGGCACAGACGAGGCUGCACAGCCGCCGCCGCCGCCAGUACGACUGCAGCUCCCGCCAGACUGCGGCCGCGUCGCCGCCGCAUCGAGCUGGUCUGAAGUCGAAGCCGCCCUGCGUCGAGGUUUCAGCUUUGUCGUACUGCGCCCCGGCAUCUACACUACCAACACCCGCGCGCCGCAGGCGGCGCCCGGCGUCAGCUCCUACACGCUCCUCGCCGUCGGUUCUGUGGUACUGCAGUCAACGCGUGACGGCGGCAGCCACGCGAUCUGGGUCGACGCUGAAUUGCCGUUUCAUUCUAUUUUCCGUAGGACGCCGCCUGCCUCCGUCACGCUGGCCGGAGUACGGCUUGUUGGCAGCGGCCGUGUAACGGCGGCCUGUGUCUCCGGCGAUGGCGCAAAACUGCAGUUGCUGAACUGCCGUAUCGAGGACUAUGGCGAGGCAGGCCUCUUAGUAACGGGAGCGUGUACGGCACGUCUUGCGGGAUGCGUGUUCACCCGUACGGCAGCUCAGGCGAUAGAAGUCCGGGAGGGUGGAAAACUGAUAGCGGAUCGCGUCACCAUCACCAACUGCAACCAGGGCGUAUCCGCGUACGGCGGUGCUCGUACCGUCGUACUGCGUGACUGUACGAUUGUGGGAUCAAAGCGGGAGAAUGUGUUGCUGAGCGGCACGUACGUGAACGCCGCGACGGAGGCUCAGCACGGCCUUGGAGGUGACGGGAGAAAGGCGCGGUCGGCAAGCGCCGCCGUUGCGACGGCGGAGGCGGAGGAAUGGGGCCGGCGCAACAGCACGCCGUUGGACGUUGCUUUGUUGGACUGCACCAUCAGCGGGUCCGGACAAUUUGGAGUGUCCGCAGACCGCGGCACUAGUGUUUUGGCGCGAGGUUGCCUGCUCGAGGACAACGAUCCGUACGCGUUUUUCAUCAAAGGGGGCACGGACGCGAGCAUAUUGGCGUGCCGAAUCCACUACUCCGGCGCCAGAUCCAAAUGUGACUGGGGAAUAUCCGCUGGCGGCAUUGGUGGCGGCGGCAUUGGUGGCGGGCGCGGCGGCGUCAGAGGCCGUGGCGCGGCUGCGGCGGCCCCCAUGCGGCAAACCGGUAUUUAUAUCGGCGUCAACUACGGCGGCACCGUCACCAUCGUCGGUAAUGCAUUUGUCGGGCCCGAGGAGAUGGCGAUUGUGGAGGAAGGGGUCGGAAGUGCCGAAGUCGCCAUCAAGGCACGGUGUCUGGGCUUUUGGUCCAAGCCAUCAUCCACAGAUCGGAACAGUUACCAUGAUAGGAAGGCGGCUACUGCGGCGCUGGCCGAGCGCCGUCGCGGCGGCAACGGCCCUGGCGGCAGGAACGAAGGAGGUGACUGUAGCGGCGGUAGCAGUCGCAGCGGCGGGGGCGGCGGCGGAAGUACGGACGUCGAUGAUGUAGACUCCGUGCCCAGUUUGGAAUCCUUGGCGCAGCGCCUGCCGUCCUGGGCGACGGUGGCCGGUACUGUCGGCGGCGGCGGCGGCGGGCAGCACCACCCGCGGCGGCUGGCGGUGGCUGCGGCGGCGGCACCGCCAGCUGCUUUGCUGCAACGCACCUGUCAUACUCUGCCCCAGAAUGCAUGGGCACCCACUGCCCACGAGUUCUACGCCAUCGGCAACACGUUCGGGUACGACGUCACCGGCAACGCCGACUUGUACGACAGUACCGCCGACGGCGCUGCUGACGUCGAAACUCCAAUCCGCAUCCUGCUCGGCGCCUGCGGCGAUAUCCGCAACUUGCUGGCUACGGCACAUGCAGUACGGGAGAAGGAAGGUGCUGGUGCCGAUGGCCUGGGCAGCGACGGCGGCCGCCGCCGCCUCUGCCGCCGCCGUCGUCGCCUGGCCUUCACGCUCAACGAUGGCAACCUGGCAAUGCUGGCGCGCGAUGCGGUCCUGCUACACAUGGCUGCGGAGCUAGAUGCCCCGGCGGGUGCCGUACUGGCAGUAUGGGCCUGUCACGGCCUCACCGCUAAACAGUCGGAGUUGCUAUCUCGCAGCUUGCAGGCCCUCGCUACGGCUCCAUGGCCAUCCUGGCUGACGGCGUCGACGGCGCUGGAUCCUCCGAUCCCGCCGCCGCCGCAGUCUUCGGCCGCCGCCGCCGCCGCCGCCGCGGCGGCAGCGGCGGCGGCGGCGGCAGCGGAAACGGCGCUCCGCGGCGCCUUUGCCAGUUGGGCUGCUUGCACGUUGCCGCUGGAUGCCCUCCUGGCGCAGCGCCAGCAGCGGUUGGGGGUUCCCCGUGGUGCGGUGACGGAGGCAAUUUGGAGGAACGCUGUUGAGCUCUCCAUGGGGGCGCUGGAGGCAACGAUAGGUCCGGAGGCGGCGGAGGCGCUGCGGCCUGAGGUGCGUGAGUAUGUGCAUGUGGGCAGCCUGAGGCCUGAGGGCGAUGGUGGCGGCGGGGGCGGCGGCGGCGGGGACGGCGGCGGCGGCGGCGGAGCCAAAAAGCCGGCGGCGGCGGCGGCGCCGGUAGAGCCUCUGGUGGCGGCCAAUCCGACACUGCUGCUGGCACCAGAGUUGCAGUACACGGUGUAUUUCUCCUCCUCCAUCUUCCGAGCCCUGCCGCUUUCGGACAAGCCCGGUACCGCUACUGCCCGCCUGACGGCGGCGCUGACGCCGCUCCUGGACGCUGCCGUACAGGGCCUGCGUGACGGCAGCAUCACCGUGCAACUUGUGCACGGCGAUAUCCUCGCCGCCUUGCUGACGGUACCCUCCUACUCUCCACCUCCGUCGCCGCUGACGCCGCCACAACAGCCGCUGCAGUACGACUUCAUCGAUUGCAGCAACGUAGCGGAUUACGUGUCUCUCCAGGCGCUUGUGCAGGCCGCAGCGCCGCUGCUGGCGCGUCGUACAUAUGCACGGCUGCGUGCGGAGAGCCUGACGGUGUACGGCCGUCAGCUGGAGCGGGAACCGGCGCUGACGCCAGCAGGCUUCGUGGCUUCCCGGCUACAAGGACCCUCCUUGGCAGCAUUUCAAGAGAUGUUAGCGAUCCGAUUGGUAGAGGGUGAGGUGGAGGUGUGGCCGGGGCGAGGAGUACGGACGGUGUGGGCUGCGGCGGCGGCGGCCGUGCUGGAUCCGGUACCAGAGGCGGCAGCUCCUGCUAACAGCCACCUCUCCUCAGCCAACAGAUCAGUUUCCCGUACAAAUCAAUAUGCGAAUGUAUGCAGCAACGGUGGCGGCGAUGGCGGCAGCGGCAGCGGCGGCGAUGGCAAGGAGGGCAGGAGCUCCUGGCUGACGGCGCCUCAACUCCUGCUAGAGCUGUUGCCAGGCUGCAAAGCUCUCCUCCUGCCGUCGGAUGACCAGCGGGACGGCACUGCUACUGCUCCCGCCAUCGCGCCGCUGGCGCUCGUGCAUCUGCUGUCAUUGGCGCUGCCGCCGCUGCAGCUUGAACCUAUGGUGCGGGCGUUGGUGCGGUGCGACGGCAGCGGAGCCGCUACACUGUUCAAAUGGGAGCUGACGCUGCACGCGCAGCUUCAGGCGGCGGCGAUCGGCGGCCUCCGGCCGCCGCCGCUGCGUCAACUGUCGUACGCAGCGCGGCCGGGUUGGGAGCUAAUCGGCUGCAGCCACCUGCCACUGCUGCUGGCGAUUAGCCGUGAGGCGCUGCCGCGUGUGCCGCUGCCGGUUACCAACGUAGGCGGAGACGGCGGGCUCAUUAAGCAGCUGAUGGCGGCGCUCGCUUGGGAUGAAGACGCGGCGACGGCGCACUUUUUUCUUGCGGAGACCCUCCUGGAGCAGCGCAGUGACUGGUUCGUAACUCUGUGCGUGGUGGCCGCGACUGAAGGUGGCCGCGACAGCGGCGGCGGCGGCGGCCUGGCUCUGAAGCCGGUCGGCGUGUCAACACGUCUUAAGGCGCUUAAAUCGCAGCCGGCGGCGGCGGCGGCGGCGCCGUUAGCGUGGCGGCGGCUGGCUCAGCCCGGACCGCAUUUGGACCUGAAGCUGGUUAACAAACUGGGGAACAACGCGCCUGCUGUCGAUGACAAUGACGCGCUGUCACGGCGGUCCUGGGAGGGUGCCGUACAUGUUUGCCGCCGGGCGCGCAGCGUCAUCGUGGAUGUCCUGGCGCCCGGGUCGUUCCCGGCGGCCGAGGUGGCGGCGGUGACGGUCUGUCGGGAGGGUGCCGAGUUCACCGUGCAUGUGAAGCCAAAGCGCGGCGGCGGCAAGGGCAAGGGUGGCGGCGGCGGCAACGGCAAGGGCGAAGGGAAUGUCCAACAAGACGAGGAGUCGUUUACGGUACAGCUGCCGCCGGUACACCACGGCGAAGAGUACGGCACGCUAUCAGACGUACGGCUGAGCCGCAAGCUUGGUUUGAUCUCGGCUCGCAUUCAACUGCAGAUCUGUCCGUUGAUGACAGGUUCAUGA